AUGAAUCAAUCGUUACGUUUUCAUACGGUUCAUGGAGAAAAUAUUCAAUUAACAAGAAAUAUGACGAUUGCGAAACGUGUGGAUAGUUUCUGUAAAGGCAUAACAUUUAGCGAUCGUAAUAUUGCCAUAAGAGAAAAGAUUUUCAUUCAUCUUGUGACAAAGGCUGUUCAGUGGACAGGGUUUUUACGUAUUGGAGUGACCACAGUUGAUCCAAAUACACAUCGCACAAAUCCCAAUUCAUUACCAAGACACGCCUGUCCCGAUCUAACUUGUCGACCUGGUUAUUGGGCAAAAUGUGUUCCGGAAAAUUGUUUUGAUACAACCACGCGGAUUACAUACUUUUACGUGACUGAAGAUGGUGAUUUAUUUUUGAAUACUCCAACUGGUGAAAUAUCUCUGUUAACAGGAAUAGCUGUACGUGAACCACUUUGGGCAUUGUUUGAUGUCUACGGCAACACCAUCAGUAUUGAAAUUGUAGAAGAUCCAAAUCGUCCAGCUUCUUCUGUAUAUGAUCAAUUAAAACAGUUGUAUCCACAAUAUGCUUAUGAUCAACAGCAACGCCAUUUUCAAGAAUACCAAUCAAUUGUACAACCAUCUGAAUUUUUACCAACACAUGGACCAUCGAUUACCCUUUUUGGUAACACUAACCGCUCUAUUGCCAUAUUAGAAAAUCCACAAUCGACAGAUGGAAUUGUAUUUCUUCCUGAACCUCUAGCAGUUAAUUCCGCCUACCUAUUUCAAAUAUUAUAUGUCAAUAAUUCUACUACACGUUCGACGUCUACACUACAACUUGGUUUGACAAAUGUAAAUACCACUCGUUUACAACAAUCAGAUUUGCCACGUGAUAUUGAUCAAUUAAUAAAUCGAUCUGAAUAUUGGAUAUUGAAUGAUCUAAUAAAAGUGAAACCAUUUGAGAGGAAUGAUGCAUAUUUAUUUACGCUAACGUCAGACGGCAUUGUACAAAUAUCACAUAAUUCAAGUCUGUUGCAGGAUUUUAUACAUAUUGAUAAAACGUUAUCGUUGUACCCAUUUCUUGUGUUGAAACAAGAUGUUCUAGCUAUACGACUAAUUGGAAAAAUUAAAAAUAUAGAAAAACUUCGUGCGAGACAACAAGAGCUUUCAUCAUCGAAUUUUUCGCCAGUAUCAUUAAAUCGUCAAUUGAGUAAUGCAUCAACAUCAGAAACAAAAUCAAUUAGACUACCACAAGAUUGCGUCGUCUGUCUCGACCGUCUAAUAGACACUGUCCUAAUUCCAUGUGGUCAUCUUUGUUUGUGUUUUCAAUGUGCGACAGCGAUGCAUGAUAAGGGAAAUAAAACAUGUCCUAUAUGUCGAACAACAUCAACAUUAUGUAAUCGAAUUUAUUUAGUCUAA